AUGCGAAAAGCAAAAAACAAACCUCUCAAAUUGCAGAAUCAAAAAAAAAUUGAGAAAAAGAGAGAGACGAAGUAGAGAGCUCUAAUGGCGGAAUUCAUCUCAGUGCAGGAAAAUGGAUACUCCGAUUCAACAUCUCCCAUUUCCGAACCACCAGAUAUUACGAAUUGGUUUCCCAGUUAUGUCUAUGAAUCGUUACCAUUGUCUUCUUCAAUCAAUGAAAGCGAAAACGAAGUAGAUGUGGUGAACAAAGUAAAUCUUGGUGGUGUUAUUGAUGAAUCACUUCCUUCUGAACCUCCUGAUUUAGCUAAUUGGUUUUCGAGCUAUGUCUAUGAAUCACCGGUGCUGGAUACAAGUGAUGUUCUUGAAUUGUACGUUCCUGGAGAAAGUGAAUGUGUAAAGGAGACACAAAUAGAAAAUGAGACGCCAAAAAUUGAAAGAAACCAUGUUUGUCCGAGGUUAUUUGAGCAAGAACUUGUCUCUUCUACAAAGGUUACAGAUUUCUCGCAGUCGGAGUCUGUUCUUUCGGAGCCUCCUAAUCUUAGAAACUGGUUUUCAAGCUAUGAGUAUCAAUCUCCUCAGCUUUCAGAAAUUCAAGAACUUGGAUUUUCUUCUUUUGAGAAAGAUGAGUUAGUCAUUGAGGAGAGUGACACAGAGGACGGAAUUAGUUCCGGUAUAUUUCGAAAACUUAAGAGCAAGCAAGAGAGUACUAUUGGUCUUGGCAGGUUAGAUUCAAAUGACUACAAGGAAAACAUAGCCGCAGACACAGCCAAGGAGGUCUCUUUAGACAAUGCAUAUUCAAACCAAGAAAUGGAAAAGAGGUCAUCAGUUGGAUUGUUCAAUGCCUCAAAGAAAGAAGCGAAACAAGAAUCAAGCUUCAAGCAGGAAGCAUUAUUAUGUGAACCACAAGAAGAAGCAAGGUUUAGCCCCAGAGUUUCCAGAUACAACCCAAAACCCAAAUCACCUUCAAAGAACGACGCUUCUUUACAUGAGUUGAGACCAAUACAUAUCCAAGAAUCCAUCUCCAUGAACACCAACAGACAAAUGUCUCCAAUAGACCAAGAAUCAGAUGACAAGGAAAAUGUUAACGGACAAAGCAGUGAAACUGGAUUUGUGACCAUGAAAAAGGCUAGAUUCAGAGAAGCAAGAGACCAAUGUUCCCUGAAGAAACCAAAUAGAGUAGUUCUCAUGAAGUGUUCGAGUAGUAAAGAGUUAAAGAAUAUCGCUGGGGAGGAAGACAAAGAAGAAAGAAACAAGAAGAGAAAAAUUUUGGAGGAAAUGUCGAAUCACCAGUCCUCUGGAGCCGAGGAGAUGGCAGGAAAAUGGCGUUGCCCGCAGAAGAACAAAAGGAAUAUAGUUCCACCAUUGAAGCAGCUUCGACUUGACGCAUGGAUACAUAAAGUCUGAGUCUUUGAGUUGAGUAGUCUUCACCAAACAAUGUAAUUGCAUUCUUUCCCCUCUCUUUUGUAUUCCUCCAUGUUAAUAAGCUGACCCUAACCAAAAAUAACCCGAACCGGAUCAGACCGGAUAUAAUAUCGUUUUAUUCUUUCAAUUUUUGACUAUUUGAAACCUAAACCGAAAUCGAGAAUGAUUCGUUA